UUUUAACCACAAUUCGAAUGCAGUGGAUGCUGGGGCGGGGUAGGAGGACGUUUUCAAUCACAAACCAUCUCUGUACACUCAACCCAUGCAAAAUGCCAAUAUAAGCGAUCAGAGCUUGUGGAAGGAAGUGACAGACGAUUGUCCUGGCCCGGAGAUUUCCUGCCUUUUUUUUGAGAGAGAGAUUGUUUUGACUGCCCGCAGUGUGUUGCAGCUGUAACCAGAACAAAGUCUUCGGGCAGAGACCACAGCUCAGAUUGCCUUGUGUGUGUGUGGGUGUACGGGGUGUGGGGGUGUGUGUCUUGGUGUGCGUAUAUGUGUGCCCGUGUGUGUGUGUGUGUUCCCUUGUUUCACUUUUGACAUCGCUGAACCACAACAGAAGGUGGAGCCUAGAGAGAGAGAAAAAAGAGCAACAGCCUCCCCCCUCCCUGCUCCCCACAAGAUGAGAAGCCACGAAUUGUUCCUGUUCUUCUGCGCUGUGCUGAUAUCUUCGGUCCGAGCGCAGAACUUCACCCUGACAGGCGAGGAGCAACAGCAGCUGGAUGUGGCCGCGGGGGCACAGAUCGUCCUCAGGUUGUGGACAUCGCCGGGAGUCAGGAGCGGCAGCUGGAGGUUUAACUGCCGGGACGUAGCCGUCUGGAUUGGCAACAUCACGGACGUGAACAACGCCUAUUCGGACCGAGCCCAACUAUUCACGGAUGGGUCCCUCUCGCUGAAAUCGCUGACAGUUAAUGACAGCGGGGAUUACUUGAUCACCAUGAACCCAGUAUCCUCUAACGUUUCGGUAACAUCGCUCAUCGACCUGAAGGUGAUUGAACCUGUUUCUGAGCCUGAAAUUGUCCCGAGCGUUUCACAAACCUUAGAGUCCAAUGGGACCGUCACCCUGAACUGCAACGUGUCUGGUGAUUCCCCUUCCAUUCGGUGGAUCAAAGACGGCCUUUACCUUCAGUAUAAUGACAGGAUGAAUGUGUCACUGGACAAUCAUACAUUAAAAAUUACAGCAGUGAAUAGGUCUGAUUCUGGGAACUAUCAGUGCGAGGCUUACAACAGUGUUAGUAACAAAACAAGUGACGCAUUUUUUCUGAUAGUUUUCUAUGGACCAGAAGAACCUCAAAUAGCCAUUGAUCCAGACAAAGGAGACAUUACUCUGGGAUCAAAUGUCACUUUCACAUGUUCUGUGCAGUCAGUUCCACCUUCGGAAUUUGAGUGGUUUUUCAAUGGUGUCCCCCUGAACAAAACAGGACAAGUGAUGACCCUUGUCAGCAUUGUCCCAAGUCAUAGCGGCAAUUACAUGUGUCAGGCCUUUAACAACAUGACCAGGAAUUACAUCCAUGUAACAGAAUCAAUACAUGUCGUAGAGCCAGUUUCCAAGCCAAACAUCUCUUCAAAUAUUUCAGAUCCUAUUGAACAGAAAGACACUGUGGCCUUGACUUGUCAUGUCACUGGCGAUGUAAGAUUCAUUUACUGGAUUAAGACCAACCAGAGCAUUCAGAAUGAGGAGAGGAUGAUGUUAUCACUGGACAAUGUGACACUGACUAUAGCAUCAGUGAAUAGGUCUGAUGCAGGCGACUACAUGUGCCAAGCAUGGGGCCACACCAAUAAUGAAGAAAGCGAUCCAUUUUCACUGGACGUUUCCUAUGGACCGGACACACCUCAGCUAACCAUUGAGGAUGAGAAAGAAGUGUAUGCCCCUGAAUCUGAUAUUACGCUCAGGUGUUCUGCGGAUUCUGUUCCACCAGCAACAUUUGAAUGGCUACUAAAUGGCAAACCUCUUGGGAAGACAGGCAAAAAGCUCACCCUUGUCAGUAUCACCAUGUCCGACUGUGGGAAUUACACCUGUAAGGCUCAUAAUAAUCACACCGAUUCAUACGCGGAGGCAACAAAAGAAAUCUCCCUGGUUGGUAUCACCAAACCAAAAAUAACUGCCAAUGCUUCAUACCUGGUGGAACAUAAUGACACCGUGACUCUGACCUGUGAAGUAUCCGGCCAUUGGCAAACACUUAGAUGGGAAAAGAAUCAGCAGGUGCUCUCGGGCAGUGGAAAUAUGAAAGUUUCGGAGGGGAACAAGACAUUAACAAUCAGUCCGGUGGACAGAUCUGAUGCGGGGAACUACACCUGUUGGGCAGAGACCCCGACCAUAACCAAAGAGAGUGACCUGUUCAAGCUAACCAUUUACUAUGGACCCGAUGAACCCCAGGUAAUAAUGGCCCCAGAAAAUCAAGCAAUUUCCCCUGGAUCUAAUGUUACCCUCACGUGUAAAGUGGAGUCAUUUCCACAUUCUAAAUUUAGAUGGUAUCAGAACGGGGUGCAGCUGCCAGUUAAUGACGAGCACUUGACCAUCAGCAACAUUACCCAGAGUAACUCCAGCAAUUACACGUGUGAAACCUACAACGAGAAGACAAAACUCACCCAGCAAAAAACAAGGCAAAUAUCCCUGUCAGUAAGAGACGAUCUUGAAGAUUAUAAGAACAAGUCCUGGAUCGCUGCAGCUGUUGUUGGUGUUCUGGUCCUUAUUGCCGUCUGUGCUUGUGUAAUCUUCAAGCAGCGAGGCAGCUAAGAUACGGCGGGAGGGGGCAUCUCUCUGAGGUGGCAGCCUCCACGAAGGAACGAUCAGAAGCCAAUGCUGACAAUUUCUCUCUCUGGGAUGUCAAUUAACUGCUGAAAUCCUGUGGGCAAACGCUGCUUGCGUCCUGAAAAAUGAAUCUUUGCAGCUGCAACCUUAUAGAGGCCGGGACGGCAUGGAGUCCACCUCGGCUUUAAUAGCCCGGCCAAUGAACAUUUAUCGUGGUGGCUUAUUUUCAAAGGGGAAGAUUACAACACUGAUAGGCUUAAAUUAGAGUUUUGUGGUAGUGCUGUUCUAAUUUAUACAAGUUACCGACUUUUAAUUCCUGCCUUACUGCUUAACCGAAAAGUAUCAGUCACCGAAAUGAGAAAUACACACUGCUGAAUCACGAAGGAUUACGGGUAUUCUCGAGUUGACACUCACGAAAUGGCUUCUGACUGGCGCGUGGUCCGUGGGCAUGUUUGCUUCAAUAUGCACUUAACCUGCUUCCUCUCCGGCAUUAAAAUAAAUUGUCGUCUUUGUAA